GGUACCUAGAGUGCGGUCACCUCUCACGCUCACCUUAGCCUCAUCCAGAGAAUUUUUCUUUCCCCCCCAGAAUGACUCAACUUUCAUCCACUCGACCUGCAUGAAGACCUUUUGUGAUACCCGAUUCUCUCCUAUGACGACAAUCUAUAUGCUUCUUUUUCUUCUCUUACGAUAUCGGAGAUGAACUACCUCAGACCCUCCUUCCAUCAACUUUAAUUUUCCAAUCCCGAAUACCCAAGCCAUCUCUCACUCGUUGCUGGAAUACUUCACGUUGGCUUUCACUCAUCGUAUAAGUCGACAGAUUGCGACAUUCAGCCGCAACUGUCUACGACUAUUAUCGACGCACCACCAUAACACCAAACACAUCACCACCAUGGAGACCAGAAUCGUCCAGGUUGAAGCUCAAAGGUUGGGAAGUUUUAGGGACGUCGAGGGACCUGAGAGGUUAAGCCACUGGGAAGUCACCAGCACCGCCUCGGGUUCGUCAAUAGGCGCCCUCCGUGACGCUGCAGAAUAUAUACGCAUCAAGGACACCCCCGUGGCCUUCCCCACCGAGACGGUCUACGGCCUGGGUGCCGACGCGACACGGAGCGGCGCUGUCAAAGGCAUCUACUCCGCCAAGGGCCGGCCAUCGGACAACCCCUUAAUAUCCCACGUCUGCGACCUGGAUAUGCUGAGGGGACUGCUGCGACCUGAGAAGCAGAUGACCAACGCGGACUCGGCGGGGAGGGACCCGAUCCCUGAAAUUUACAAGCCGCUCAUCGAAAAGUUCUGGCCCGGCCCCCUGACGAUCCUGCUGCGGAAUCCGGAGCCAAGCAAGCUCGCACCCGAGGUCACGGCGGGCCUGGCGAGCUUUGGUGUGCGGAUGCCGUCUUCGCCGUUGGCCUUGACGCUGAUCAAGCUUGCCGGCGUCCCAUUGGCCGCGCCGUCCGCCAACGCCUCGACCAAACCGUCUCCCACGACAGCGCAGCAUGUUUACCACGACCUGGAAGGGCGCAUUGAGCUGAUCCUGGACGGUGGAGCAUGUCGGGUUGGUGUAGAGAGUACUGUCGUUGACGGGCUCUGCGACCCGCCUGUCGUUUUGAGGCCCGGCGGCGUGAGCAUGGAAGAACUGCGGACCUGCGCCGGGUGGGAGGGCGUCGUCAAGGCGUACAAGGACGAGAGCGAGACAGGGAAGUCUGCGCCGCGGGCACCGGGGAUGAAGUACAAGCACUACAGUCCCAAGGCAAAGGUUGUGCUGUACGAAUGGGGUUGUGGGGCGGGGACCGAGGGCAUCAUGCCCGAGGAUCUGCAGAAGGCGCUUCUCCAGCAGAACGGUGAUGUCACUGCUACCAACGGUUCAGGACCGACUUCGAUAAGAAUUGGAAUCAUCCGGACGAGGAGGUGGAAGACCGCGGGAGGGCUGCAGACGGGCGUGCUCCAGGUCUCCAAGGUCUACGUUGACGGGGCUGCGGCAGCGAAUGCCAGGGACGAGGCGGCGUACGAGGUCCAGGAGGGCGAGCUGCAGGACGCAGAGAAGCCCAUGGCGACGAUUCUCGACAUAGAUCUGGGAGACAACACCAGGGGCAUCGCUCAGGGGCUUUUCUCGGCGCUGAGAGAUCUGGACAGGAGAGGCGCCGGCGUCAUCUUCGUGGACGGCAUUGACGACAGGAACGACAUCGCCGAGGCCGUAAUGAACAGGCUCCGUAAGGCGGCUUCGGAAAUUCGGGCAUAGACGGACGAGCGUUCUCUUGAAC